GGCUGGGAGCCGGGCUGGGAGGCGCAGGGUGAGCAGUGGGUUCCAGACGCGCUGCCGCCUGGCUAGGGGGCUGGCAUGGCCGCGUGCUUGUGAGAGCGGAGCGCGCGAGGGGCCGCUGCCACCAUGCCCGGGGGCGUGGGCGCCGCCCGGCUCUGCCUGCUGGCGCUCGCCCUGCCAGGAUGGACCAGAAGAGGAAGUGGGGAAGGCAGCCCCCUGCUACAGCAUGAACUGACAAUACCUCAGUGGAAGACUGCAGAAAGCCCCACGAAAGAAAAGCAUCCACUCAAAGCUGAGCUCAGGGUAAUGGCUGAAGGGCGAGAACUGAUCCUGGACCUGGAGAAGAAUGAGCACCUUUUUGCUCCAGCCUACACAGAAACCCAUUACACUCCAAGUGGCAGCCCUCAAACGACCACGCUGAAGUCUGAGGAUCACUGCUUUUACCACGGGACGGUGAGGAAGGCAGAACAGUCCAGUGUCACACUUAGCACCUGCCGGGGAAUAAGAGGACUGAUUAUGGUGAGCAGUAACCUCAGCUACAUCAUCGAGCCCCUCCCUGACAGCGAGGGCCACCACCUAAUUUACAGAUCUGAACAUCUCAAGCUGCCCCCGGGGAACUGUGGGUUCGAGCACUCCAAGCCCACCGCCAGGGACUGGGUCCUUCCGUUUACAAACCAGACCAAGAAACGACCUCACAGGAUAAAAAGGGAAGAUUUACACUCCAUGAAGUAUGUGGAGCUUUACCUCGUGGCUGAUUAUGCAGAGUUUCAGAAGAAUCGACGAGACCAGGAUGCCACCAAAUACAAGCUCAUGGAGAUCGCCAAUUACGUUGAUAAGUUUUACCGAUCGUUGAACAUCCGGAUUGCCCUCGUGGGCUUGGAAGUGUGGACUCAUGGGAACAUGUGUGAAGUUUCGGAGAACCCGUACUCUACUCUCUGGUCAUUUCUCAGUUGGAGGCGCAAACUACUCACCCAGAAGAACCAUGACAAUGCACAAUUAAUCACGGGCAUGUCCUUCCAUGGCACCACCAUCGGCCUGGCCCCCCUCAUGGCCAUGUGCUCCGUGUACCAGUCUGGAGGCGUCAACAUGGACCACUCCGAGAAUGCCAUUGGUGUGGCUGCCACCAUGGCCCACGAAAUGGGCCACAACUUUGGCAUGAGCCAUGAUUCUGCGGAUUGCUGCUCAGCCAGCGCGGCCGACGGUGGGUGCAUCAUGGCAGCUGCCACUGGGCAUCCCUUCCCCCGAGUAUUCAAUGGAUGCAACAGGAAGGAGCUAGACAGGUAUCUGCAAUCAGGUGGUGGGAUGUGUCUCUCCAACAUGCCAGAUACCAGGACGCUGUAUGGUGGCCGGAGAUGUGGGAACGGGUACCUGGAAGAAGGGGAAGAGUGUGACUGUGGGGAGGAAGAGGAAUGUAGUAACCCGUGCUGCAAUGCCUCCAACUGCACCCUGAGAGAAGGGGCGGAGUGUGCCCAUGGAUCCUGCUGCCACCACUGCAAGCUGCUGGCCCCAGGCACCCUGUGCCGGGAGCAGGCGCGGCAGUGUGACCUCCCGGAGUUCUGCACGGGCAAGUCUCCCCAUUGCCCCACCAACUUCUACCAGAUGGACGGCACCCCCUGCGAGGGUGGCCAGGCCUACUGCUACAACGGCAUGUGCCUCACCUACCAAGAGCAGUGCCAGCAGCUGUGGGGUCCUGGAGCCCGGCCUGCUCCUGAUCUCUGCUUCGAGAAGGUGAAUGUGGCAGGGGACACCUUUGGAAACUGUGGGAAGGACAUGAAUGGGGAACACAAGAAGUGCAACAUGAGAGAUGCCAAAUGUGGGAAGAUCCAGUGUCAGAGUAACGAGGCCAGACCCUUGGAGUCCAACGCAGUGCCCAUUGAAACCACCAUCACCAUGAACGGGAGGCAGAUCCGAUGCCGGGGCACCCACGUCUACCGAGGUCCUGAGGAGGAGGGUGACAUGCUGGACCCAGGCCUGGUGAUGACUGGGACCAAGUGUGGCUACAACCAUAUUUGCUUCGAGGGGCAGUGCAGGAACACCUCCUUCUUUGAAACGGAAGGCUGCAGCAAGAAGUGCAAUGGACAAGGGGUCUGCAACAACAACCAGAACUGCCACUGCUUCCGGGGCUGGGCCCCGCCCUUCUGCAACACGCCCGGCCUGGGGGGCAGCAUCGACAGCGGGCCCAUGCCCCCUGAGAGUGUUGGUGCUGUGGUAGCUGGAGUGUUCACAGCUAUCUUUGUGCUGGUGGCCCUUAUGCUGAUGUACUACUGCUGUAGACAGAACAACAAACUGGGCCACCUCAAGCCCUUGGCCCUCCCUUCCAAGUUGAGGCAACAGUUCAGUUGUCCCUUCAGGGUGUCUCACAACAGUGGAACUGGCCAUGCCAACCCAACAUUCAAGUUACAGACCCCUCAGGGCAAGCGAAAGGUGACCAACACCCCUGAAACCCCACGGAAGCCCUCACAGCCUCCUCCCCGGCCCCCUCCGGACUAUCUGCAUGGCGGGACCCUACCUGCACCAUUGUCAGCGCACCUCAGCAGGGCUGCCAGGAACUCCCUCGGGGCUGGGUCCCAAGUCGAGAGGAGCGAGUCAUCCAGGAGGCCUCCUCCAAGCCGGCCAGUGCCCCCUGCACCAAACUGCAUUCUCUCCCAGGAUUUCUCCAGGCCUCGGCCACCCCAGAAGGCGCUCCCAGCUAACCCAGUGCCAGGCCGCAAGAGUCUGCCCCGGCCGGGUGGCACCUCCAUACUGCGGCCCACUGCCGCUGACCCUCAGCAGUCCCGGCCUCUGGUAGCACCUGCUCCAAAGUUUCCUGAUUACAGAUCACAGAGGUCUGGGAUGAUGACUAGCUCGAAAAUCUAGACCCAUCUGAAAGGGCUUCUCCCUUUCCUUGAGGUUGCUGAACACCAUGGAAGAUCUGUGACCUCGGAAUCUGGAAGAAGCACGUCUGGCCGCCUCCGAGCUCCUCCUCCCCUCCUCCCAGAACCACUGCAUCUCCAAAUCUCCUUCUUGACUCAGUGCCCCCUUGGCCUCCUUGGAGGCCCAGGAGGACUGCUAUCCGAUGGUAUCUGAGUGUUGUUUUGUGCAAUAGACAGCCCCAGGUAGGGAAGGGAGAGCACGGAGGAGGAUGAAUGGCAGCUUCUCCUCCCACCUCCCUUCAACGGGCCCCUCACCUUAGAGGUGCCAAUGGAGAUGGUCCAGGCUGUCUGAGCUGGCGAGUCCAGCUGGGAAAAGUCUCUUUUAGUCUUUCAGUCCAGGACUUAGCUUAGAGAAGCCAUCCAUCCACGUCCUACGGUGGAGGGUACGCAUGAGAGCUUUCCAUUGCUUCUGUCAUCCUCGAAGGUCCCAGGCUAGAUAGAGGCUGGGCACUUACCCAUCCUUUUUAGCUCUGAGAUUGAGAGGAGUCAAAGCAGCCACUGCUGUGGCCCUGCCCAGGGUUUGGGUGAGGUGACAGCUCCCGGCUCUUUGGCUACAUGUGAACAAAUCAAGUCCCUCCCCCCCAACACCCUCCCAAAUCCCUGCAUCUCCUUAUUCACACGGGUCACUCUGACUCACACAGGUACUAUUUGUAGGCCGUGUAGACAGCAGGGGGAGCACCAGGCUUGGGCCUCCUCUGAGCCGUAAUGCCAAAGGUGCCACUGUCCACUCUCACCAUUCUUGGUUGCCUUCUGUUUUCUCUUCUGCACUUUCCAAGUGCCCUGUGCUUUCGAUUUCUCCUUCCCUUCUCGGACCCACCUGAUGUGCGAUGCUCUGAGAGUGGACCCUCAGCAGUCCUGACUUCCUGGGGACCUGGUGCUUGUGACCCACACGUCAGGGUCCUGCCUCAAGGGUUGGCCACUGGAUUUCCUGCUGUGGUUCCCAAGAGUGUUGUCUGGAGUAGACUUGGGCUGUGGGGGCCGUAGCUUUAUUUUCCAUUGUGUUCGUGACCUCAGCAGGGUGAGAGUCUUCUCCCCUCCUCCCCCACCUAAGUCUGAGUAAGGUCCCCAGGGAUGGCCAAAGGUGCCAUGAAGGAAGCAGAUGCCCCAGCCUGUCCCUAGGUCUGGUCAGUGACUUGAGGCAGGAUUGUUGCCCUCUGAGCAGAGAGCAGACCUGUCUCUGGAGAUCUCUGGAGAAGCAGCAAUCCACAGCCCUGAUGGGGUGGUCUGAGCUGGGGCCAACCAGGCUUUUUGAUUGUCCACGUCCUGGUGUCCUCUUCUCUGGCCACGGCCCUCCUCUGACCCUCACUGAAAGAGAACUUGGAGCAGCCAGGGGAUGCCAUCCCACGGGCCCCGGCCUCCUGCGGCAGAGAAGGAGGCUGCGUGGUGCUCUGCUAGACAGGAUGAUUUUCACCGAGUCCCCGGAGACGUUCCCUGGGACUGUCUCCCACCCCCAGAAGGGUGCUGGGCGGCUGGCCCCACUCCUGCAUGAGCAGUCGUUUACUCUUGAAACCUCAAAGCAAAGAAGAGGCUUGAGCUUUUCACUCCCCAGCCACCCCCAGGACGCCCUUACAGUGCUCUGCACACAACAGGUGCUCAAUAGAUGUUCUGGGGUUUGUAGCCAAGUGGAAUAUUAGGGAUGUGCACCUGGGUACACAUGUGGGGUGGAUUUAGAACGCUCUCAGGAAACGAGGUUCUUUUCCCUCAGGUAGUGGUGAUAUUUGCGUCCCUGGGUCUCCCUGACAUGGCCCCCGUUGCUCCCCGUAGCUGAUCUCCACUCUCUUUGCUGCCUGAUUAAGUCAGGGGACAGCCUUCCAUCUAAGCGUGCUGCUCCAGAUGCCUCAGGCCUCAAGGCCGGGUCCCAGAAAAGUAAAGGUGAAAACACCCCCUUAAAAAAUCACCCUUAAACCCAGGCCCUGCCUCACAGAGUUCCUAUGGCUUAUCCAGCUUUUCUCCCUCACAUCAGGAGGUAGGAGGCUCUGAAGUGAAAAUGCCACAGCCACCGUGGCUGCAUGAGUCUUUUGAAUCUGAUAUCCACCCUCCCUGGAACCACAUGGGAAAGAGACCUAGGUUGUUGCUGUUUUCUGUCUUUGUUUUUGUUUUCCAUCAUUUUUAAUACCACCUCCACCCCAUAAAAUUGUACUGUGAACUGGAAGACGAUCGAAUUUUUAAAAUUUGAUAGAGAGUUUUGGCAGCCGGUUCUAUUUACUGUUUCACUCCUGGUUCUGUUCAGGAGCCAGAAGUCGCCAUUUCGGCAGGCCAAGGAGGCUGCCGGGGAGCAAGACCGGCCAUUACAAAACCCUGUUUCCCUCCUGUGCCCAUGUGCUGCUUUGAGGUGACAAAUAAAAACAGAGACAGACUUCAGGAAGGAGGGACUUUCUUGGAAAGGAUUACUGCAAGACCAGGAGAGGUACUAUUACAAGAGGAGCAGGGGGCCAUUGCGACAACGCUCAGGGGAGCUGUUGCAAGGUCUGCGAGCAUCUCAAAGCUCAGAAGAAAGAGGCCUCUUUUAUGGGAAGGAGUGACCUCAGCUAGAAGGAGCCGCAUUCAGAGAAGGGAACGUCUUUGUCCUCAGCCUUUCUGAGGAGGGGCUGUAUCCUGGCUCAGGGUCGAGUGGGGAGGAGAGACUUAACCACGGCUUGGUGAGUUAACCCGCCCUUUGUUCAGCUGGAGAUGUACGUAAAUCUUUUUAAAAGUUAACUUAGCCUCCUGCCAGUUUUACAACCCUGGAAAUGUUUUUCUUAAGAGCCUGGGAGCCAUCUCUGAAAUGUAAACCUCAAGGGACCUCAAGGGAGAUGGCGCCCCUGUCUUCUGUCUCAGUGGGAGUUUUAGCUAGGGCACCUCCCCCAGGCUGUGGCUACCUGCUUGCCAUAGGUUCUUUUUAGCCUUGUUUACUUCUCCCUGUAAAGGAAAAGCCUCUUCUGCCCCAGCUCAGAGAUGCUUGCAGAUCUUCUGGUCUCUCGUUACAGAUCUUAGGGUAUUGCAAUAGCUGUUCCCUCAUCUCUUGCAAUAAUCCUUUUGAAUAAAGACUCCCCUUACCUAUGUCCAAAUUUGUUCUUAUUUAGCAGAGGGUCUGGAAGACUUGCAUAUUUUACAUCGGGGACCAGUUCUAAAGUCAGGGAUUGCGUUAAAUGUGUGUAUAACAGCUCUACUGGACACUCGAGAAAGCCAUGGGACUGCCAACUGGAAAGGUGCCCCAUCCCUAGGGAAGCUCGCUAAGGAGAGGUUCUGCAGAAUCCAAGCCAAGCGCCCCCAAAGUCGCCCUUCCGCGCAUCCUCUCAAACCAUCCACUGUGUGUACGUAUGUGUCUGGGAUCCAGGGCAAUGUGAAUUUUCUUUUUAUUUGGGAGAUUGUUCAUGGAAAACAGAUCCUCUUCUCUCUCGUCCACCUAUUAAUUGUUUACAAUAUUUGUACAUCUAUGCAAAAUACUUGAAUGGGCCAUGGUGCCUUUUUUCCUUGUUUGUAUUUAAUUAAAAUAAAUUGUCAUUUGA